GCUAAGGAAAGGUAAAAUACUAGCAAACGAUCAACCAAUAUCUAUUAAGAAAAUGGCAAAAUCACAGAAAACAAAUGUCAAAACUUCUACUGCAGAAAAGAAAAAUACCACUUCUUCUACAUCGAAAUCUAACAUGUUAAACUCCGCCUUACCGGCUGGAAUAACUUUAGGAUGCCCAAUUCUUGAUUCUACUAAUCUAAUGAAAACUGGGCGGAUGAAAUUGUGA